CGACACAUUCAUCUACGCCUGCUCGUCAAUGCCACUUUAUGCGACUUCUUGCUGCCGUCUUCGCCCUUAAGACCGACCUCGUCUGCUCGACCGCAGCGACACUGCAAAGACUGUGCCUGUGAGGAUCCUUUCCACACUGGUUGCUUUGCGAAAAGCACGAUACUUGAUGCUAUAGAACAAUCAGGCUAACCAUUCUCUCAACCACACCUUGUGUGUGUCUAGGCAGGGCCAAGUCAUCCCGUCGCGGCUUCGAAGUCGGCAGGCCGACUAGAUGGCCAGCCCUCGCCGCUCAAUCUCUGGCUCGCCCGCACUGUCGGAGGGCGAAGUGCUCAGCGGGGACGAGGAGAAGGCAAUUAGCACGCAAACAAAUCACCACGAUGACGGCAAGGUUAACACGUCCACCAGACCCCAUCAUGGAUCUUCAUCUCGCAUGCCCCGCACCGGUCUCCAGCAGCCUGGACAGUUCCGUAGUGGAAAUGUGCGCAACCCGGUGACGGUCGCGAGAGUGCGUUCUAGGUCGCCGUAUCAGAAGGGUAAGUCAAGGUCGAGAUCCAGGUCGCCGUAUCGAGCGGACAGAGCAGCAGGCAGCGGAAGCGGAGAGAAGAGACGCCGAGACGAUGACCAUUACGGACCGAAGGCCGGCUCUGACCCGCGCCGCUUCAAGGUGCACUAUGAAGAGGGACCUGACUCACGUGGAGGGUUUGCUCCUGGAUCUGGACGCUCUCUACUCAACUCUAGUCGCAACGAGACACAGAGGGCGAUCCCAUCGCACACCAACCAGGCCUCGCGUAGUCGCGGCACAUUCCUACGUAAGACGGACCGUGACCGGAGCCGAUCGCCUUUCCGCCACGACAAGGCAGGCCAUGUGUCAAAUGGUCACAACGCAUGCGACUCCAACGAAGAAGGUCAUACCCACGAGGGCUCCCAUGUGCUUGUUCGCGAGCAGCGGCGUGGUAGUAUACCAUCGCUGACUGAACGAGAGUCAGCUCUGCACUCUUCGCAGGGAAAGGAUGAUGCUAAGAUCGAGUUGUCGUUACCACAGCAGGCUAAGCCGCUCCUGGCAACCCACGCACAGGCAAGUCGAGGGCCACCGCAGUCUGCAGCUAGGUCUGCAGGAAACCACGACGACUCGCAGAAAACGCUGUCCGAAGCCGAGAUCAUCGAGCAACGCCGCAGACGUCGCGAAGCCAUCAAGAACAAGCACAGAUCACAGCCAGAACUGCUCGUACAAGCACUGGAGAAGACCGUACCGUCCGCGCCAAACACGCCAGCACAUGAUAGUAGCAGCGCUAUGUCUGAGCACCAGUCGCCACCAUCAGUGCUUGACUCACCUCAAACACCAAGAACGCCUGCGCGUGACUCUCCGCCAGACUCACCCGCGGCAUUUGCGGUGGCUGACGACGAAGAGCUGGCGAACCGCCAACAAGCCGACACCGCAGUGGCAGAAGAUGAAGGUCCGUCGGCAGCAGACUAUGACCCUAACAUGGACAUGCAAGAAGAUCGACCGGACUUCAAGCGCCCUGCUGUUGAUGCACCUGCACAGCAAGCUGAUAGCGCUAAGACAGCGCCUACCGAGCCGCAAGCUGCGACGAAGGCAAGCAAAGAAUUCGACAUGUUCGCUGAUGAUGACGAUGACGAUAUGUUUGCGCCUGCAGACACCAUCUCUAGGCCGGCGAUGAUGGCAAAGCAGGCCAAAACACUUGAUCAGAGCUUGCUCGACAACUGGGACUAUCCAGACGGUCACUACCGCAUCAUACAAGGUGAAUUGCUUGAUGAUCGCUACGCGGUACAACAGCAGAUUGGCAAAGGCACGUUCGCAACGGUGGUCUCCGCUGAAGACACUAAGACCGGUCUCACCGUUGCCAUCAAGAUUGCGGCGAACAAUGAGACUAUGUACAAGGCUGGACAGAAGGAGAUGGACUUCCUCAAACUUCUGAACGACGCCGACCCGGAAGACAAGAAGCACGUCAUUCGCCUGCUUCGAAGCUUCGACUUCAAAGGUCACAUGUGCAUUGUCUUCGAGGCUCUUUCGGCGGACUUACGGUGGGUGCUGAAGAAGUUUGGUCGCAACGUUGGCCUUAACCUCAAAGCUAUACGUUCGUACGCACAACAGAUGUUCCUCUCGCUUAGCCACAUGAAGAAAUGCUCAAUACUGCACGCGGACCUUAAGCCCGACAACAUCCUGGUCAGUGAGAAGCGCAAUUUACUGAAAGUUUGCGAUCUGGGCACCGCCGCCUUCGUCACAGACACCGAGAUCACGCCUUACCUCGUGUCGCGCUUCUACCGCGCACCAGAGGUCAUCCUCGGUAUGCCCUUCGGCUACGCCAUCGACAUGUGGUCCAUCGGCUGCACGCUCUUCGAGCUAUACACCGGGCGUAUCCUCUUCCCUGGUGCCGACAACAACCAGAUGCUGCGCGUGAUCCAGGAAUGCCGUGGCAAGAUUCCCAUCCGCAUGCUGAAGCAGGCGAACAUGGACCAGCGCAGCAAGCACUUCGACGACAACGCCAACUUCUUUUCGCUCGAACGGGACAAGGUUACGGGAAAGACGUCGAUGCGCCAGCUGAACUUUCGAGCAAACGGGGAGCCCGGAAAGGAUGUCAAGGCACGUUUGGCAGGGAACGCGAAGGAUCUGGGCGCAGCGGAGAUCAAGGAGCACAUGGCUUUUGUGGACCUGUUAGAGAAGUGUUUGCAGUUGGACCCGGCGAGGAGAAUCACGCCAGGGGAUGCGUUGAGGCAUGGCUUUGUCGCGCAUCAUGGGCAAGAGGGAGCGAAGGAGGCGAGGAAGGUGGUGCCUGCUAUGGGUGUUGGCGUGGGAAUGCCGAGGGUGAGGUAGAAUCUACCGAAGGCGAUGAUGGGAGUCAAACCGGCGCAUCCGGGAGUGGGCGCGACACUUACUUUUGCGUACGUGCGUUGAUUCAUGUCACGAUCGAAGUACGCCUGAUUGCUCGUCUACGCUAUACGGUAUAUCGCUCGGAGACCGCAACGAUGAGGACGGCUUGCGCCAAUGCGUGGGAGAGCGGCGAAGAGGCAUUAGCCAUCCGAACUAUUACCUGGGUCCGCAUGACGCUUCCUUACAGCUUGUUGGAGAUAUGCGAGAAGCGGCAACGCAGAAUUGGCUACUUACUCACCGUACUGUGGCCACUAGGAGAAGAUGGCAGCUUGCAGCGCAUAUAGCUUGCAUCGUAUAGUAGGAGCUGUACAUCCAAAUCGCGUUGCAGCUAUAUGUUGUCGGCAUCUGAUGGAAGCUAGCAACGGCGGAUCGAGAUGGGCUGACAAUGUCUUGUGCUACCAACGGCACUAACUCCGCU